AUUAACAGUGAAACUACCUUAACCAUUAACAGCAGCAUUAAAACAACUGUCAACAGUGGAUCUACUACAUCUAUUAACAGAACAUCGAGCACAACAGUUAUCAGUGUACCUACAACAUCUCUCACUAGUGACUCAGGUACUCCUCCCAAAAUGACUUUUUCCACAAGUCUGCAUACAGAUACAACUUUUUUUGAAGUCAACAGUUCAUCCGGCACUACAAUAUCAGUUGAUAUAGCCAAGGCUUUGACAUACAUGGAAGAUCUAUUAGCCGGGGAAGUAAAUGCUACGGUUGCGAAAGAAAUGUUUGGAAUUUUGAACUCCAUUUUAAGCACAUCUCAGAAUCUUUCUGCAAGUGACUCCAUG